AUGGGUGACUACUCGAAAGCACUUGAAUUUUACGAAAAAGCACAUAAAAUUCUCGAAAAAGCUCUGCCUUCGAAUCAUCCCAAUUUGGCUAUUUUCUACAACAACAUCGGUGGAGUGUAUAACAAGAUGGGUGACUACUCGAAAGCACUUGAAUUUUACGAAAAAUCACAUAAAAUUCUCGAAAAAGCUCUGCCUCCGAAUCAUCCCAAUUUGGCUACUUCCUACAACAACAUCGGUUUCGUGUAUGAAAACAUGGGUGACUACUCAAAAGCACUUGAAUUUUACGAAAAAGCACAUCAAAUCUUCGAAAAAGCUCUGCCUCCGAAUCAUCCCUCAUUGGCUACUUCCUACAACAACAUCGGUUUCGUGUAUGAAAACAUGGGUGACUACUCAAAAGCACUUGAAUUUUACGAAAAAUCACUUAAAAUCAGAGAAAAAGCUCUGCCUCCGAAUCAUCCCGAAUUGGCUACUUCCUACAACAACAUCGGUGGAGUGUAUAACAACAUGGGUGACUACUCGAAAGCACUUGAAUUUUACGAAAAAUCACAUAAAAUCCUCGAAAAAGCUCUGCCUCCGAAUCAUCCCAAUUUGGCUAGUUCCUACAACAACAUCGGUAUGGCGUAUUCCGGCAAAGGAGACUACUCAAAAGCACUCUCAUUCUUAGAAAAAGCACUUUCUAUUCGUCAAAAAUCACUUCCGUCAACACAUCCUCUAAUUAAAGUAACAAAAGAUAACAUUGAUCAUGUUAAAAAGAAAAUGUAA